CUCCUGGGGUGCUCUUAAGCCCAACCCAAAAUCAGAAUAAAACUAAAAUAAAAUAAUUUCACCGCAAUUCACAGUCGCUUCCCGUUUCCGGUCCUCCCCUCCCCUCUCUUCUUCUUCUUCCUCAGGCUCUUGUUCAGUUUCGUUUUCUUCAUUUGAUUGGUUCUUGCUCUUCAUUUUCAUUUUUCUCCAGUUCUUCUUGUGUAUCCAGUCACCCAGCCCUCCCCCUUCUUCGGCCCUUCUUCUUCCUUUUCAGUUCGUCUUCUUCGAAAGUUGAUGCUUGAGGUGUUAAAUAUCAGCAUUUGGUCAUUUUGAAGAGAAUCUCCACACAGUAUGCAGAGAAGAAUAAUAUGGAAAACUUGCAAUUUUACAAGAUUUUAUUGUCAACUUGAUCAAAAGGCGUGUUUUGAAUCGGAGAGAACCCUUACCUUAGUAGGUGAUUCAGAUGAUCCUUUGUAUGCGGAUGUACCGAGACCUCCAAGAAAAAUGUCAGAGAGGAAGCCUUAUCCUACACCCAUGAAGGUUUUGAUUCAAAGAGCGAAGGAGGAGAAAGAAGCCCGAAAGGCCCAGCCUUGUAGGAUGCUUGAAGAACCUCCUGAUAAUGGAUUGUUGGUCCCUGAAUUGGUUGAGGUGGCUCAUCAAGUUUACCGAGCUCGACAAUCGGUCCUGUUUGGCUUGUCAAAGCUUCUUCAAGUUGUUCCUGUCCAACGGUGCAGGUUUUGCUCCGAAGUUCACAUUGGCCAUGCGGGUCAUGAAAUCCGAACUUGCACUGGCCCAAAUAGUGGUUUUCGGAGUGCUUCACAUGUUUGGAAGAAGGGAGGAGUUCAAGAUGUGGUUUCCUUUCCUAAAUGCUUCCAUCUUUAUGAUCGUGUUGGAAAACCAAGAGUUGGGCAUGACGAGAGGUAUCGAAUCCCACGGAUCCCUGCCAUUUUGGAGCUCUGUAUACAGGCUGGUCUAGAGAUUGACGAGUACCCAACAAAGAGAAGAACGAGACCUGUAUAUUGUAUUGAAGGAAGAAUUGUGGACUUUGAGAUGGUUAACAAAAUGGAUGAAAUGGAUAGAAACUCAUAUCCUGGGAUUGUUGAUACCCUAGUAGAUCCUGAUGUAGGAACUAAUAUGGAAGAAUUGAGAAAUUCAGCUUCACCGAGUCAUACUAACUGUGUAGAUAAAUCAAGUGAUAAAGUGGGGAAAUCUUUGACCGAGUUGAGUAGUACUACAAUGGGCUCAUGGUUUGAGAUGAUAUCCGGAGCAAAGAAUAUCAUGGAGAAAUACAGUGUGAAGACUUGUGGAUAUUGUUUAGAGGUCCAGGUGGGUCCCAAGGGGCACAAAGUGAGGAUGUGCAAGGCAUCAAAGCAUCAAUCUCGUAAUGGUUUGCAUGCAUGGCAAGAAGCAACAAUAGAAGAUUUUAUAGGUCUGAACUAUGUUUGGCAUGUCCGAGACGUAAAUUGUCCUGCUCUGGAUAACAACCUAAAGAGGUAUUAUGGCAAGGCUCCAGCUGUGGUGGAGCUAUGUGUGCAGGCAGGUGCACCUGUUCCGGAUGAAUAUAGGAGUAUGAUGAGAUUAGAUGUGGCUUCCCCUGAACGUGAUGAGGUUGAUCUUGUUGCUUGAUAUAAAGUUCCUGUAUGCAGAUGGAUGUGAUAUACUAAAGAGAUGUUAAAAGGGGUUCUGCUGCUCUUCCAUAUUGUGUCUGAAAGCUGCGAGUAAUUAGAGGGGAGGAAAGCUUAUUCGAAGACAUUUCUACUUCCAUAUUGUCUUAGAAAUGUGUGUGUUCUCUCUGCAGGUUUAGGUAGUCCAUAGGUUAAUUUGAUUGCACUGCCCUUACUUCUGUAGUUUCUGUUUCUCGAAUUUGUCGAGCAAAAGAGAGAACUAGGAUGAAUUAGUAAAGAAAAAUGUAUCUGUGCUUCAGAAGAAGCCAUAAGAUUGAUUUAGAUGCAGUCUCAGAGGUAUGAGCAUACAUGUAUGCAUAAUAAAUCAUUUUUUAGGUCAUCAUAGUAACAUUACGAGGUAAUUUUAGACAUAAGAAGGAUACAACCUUUAUGCAUAAGUACAAGAAGUAGCAUUUAACAGAUGAUAGUUUUUUUGUGGAGUUGGGCGUAGAAGGUGGGAGAUCAAUCAACGGUCAUUGUUUAAGUUCCACCAGCGUCGGCAUUUGGAGGCUACACUUAGCAAGUCCGUGGCUGAGAGAGCAAAGCCUUCUACUUUUGUAUGACAUUUCACAAUUUCGGUGGAGGUAGGAAGCUUGUCAACCCUAGGUUUGUUGGGCGAUGCCCACAUCAGAAGCUCUUCUCCAAAAGUCUUUCCUCUCCCAAGUUGCUUGGUGGGAAUUGAUGUGGAGGCCCCUGUACGACCAGAAUCACAAGUUGUGCUGUAGGUGAAGAUGGUGCCUUCCAUAAUGAAGAGCAUGCGAUCAAGUAGGUCCCCUCUUCGAAAUAUGGUUUUAUCUUCGGGGAACAUCACUGGCUUCGCAUAGUCGCAAAUCAUUUUCAGCACUUUGUCAUCCAUAACCUUAAGGAAUUGUACCUGCAUUUAUACGUAGUUUAGCUUACAUUAAUCCAUCGAUGCUUUUGGCACUCCAAAUCUCAUCUCCAAUGAGGAGUGUAUAAGACGGUUUAAGGGUGAUUUUAGAGUGCCUCGAUCAGGAUACAAAAGAAUUCUCCUACAUCCGAAAAGUUAAAGAAUAAAGAGUUGGAUCACUCUCCUAAUUGUCAAUUGAUUUUGGGGUUGGAAGCUCAACUUUCUUCAGUGAUCAAUAUUUAAACACAAAACAAGAUUCAUUCAUCUAUACAAGUUCAAUGUUGAUAAUUUAUGUGUGUCUGAGAGAGAGAGAGAGAGAGAGAGAGAGAGAGAGAGAGAGAGAGAGAGAGAGAGAGAGAGACUUACUUGUGACAGAAUAUCCCAGCAAAGAUGACGCUUCAGAAUUUUUUUCGUAUACCAGUGAAGAACAUCAAAUAUAUUCUCCAGAUCGGCAUCUUUGUCUUUUUCCAAUUUUUUAUGUAUGUUUUUCUUGAUUUCUUUCUUCAAUUCUUCAGGAACACGAUUUUUGUCCAUCCAUGUUUCCCA